UCUUCUCUCUGGCUCACGGAGGAGGGAGUAGGGUGUCUCCUCAGAGCAAUGGUGGUAGGCUGAGAGAACCCUGCUCUGCCCAGGUGCCCCGACCCCUGGGCCCCUCCCCAUGGCAGGGGAGACCUUCCCCUUCACCUCCUCCACGCUGCGCUCUCUCCGCCUGCAGCGGGAGUGGCUGGAAUGGGAGGACCGGCGGCGGGCUGCUGCCCGGCAGAGCCGAAGCCACAGGUGCCCCUUAAGUGCCCGGGCCCGACUCGCUAGGCCGCGCCGCUCCUGCCGAGACCCAGCUGUCCACAAUGCCCUGUUCUCCGGCGACCUGCAGCAGGUCCAAGCCCUGUUCCAAGAUGAAGAGGCUGCCAACAUGAUUGUGGAGACUGUAAGCAACCAGCUGGCCUGGUCGGCUGAACAGGGGUUCUGGGUGCUGACCCCCAAGACCAAGCAGACGGCGCCCCUCACCAUCGCUGCGGCCCGAGGCUACACAGACUGUGCCCGACACUUGAUCCGGCAGGGGGCUGAGCUGGACGCCCGGGUGGGGGGCCGGGCUGCCUUGCAUGAGGCCUGUGCCCAGGCCCAGCCUGACUGUGUGCAGCUGCUGCUGACCUUCGGCGCCAAGGCUAAUGUGCUGUCUGAGGAGGGCACGACCCCCUUGCACCUUUGCACGACCCCUGAGUCCUUGCAGUGUGCCAAGUUGCUGCUGGAGGCGGGAGCAACGGUGAACCUGGCGGCCUGCGAGAGCGAGGUGACGCCCCUGCACGUGGCGGCAGCGCGCGGCCUGGAGCGGCACGUGGCUCUCUACCUGGAGCAUGGCGCCAACGUGGGCCUGCGCACCAACCAGGGCGAGACGGCGCUGAACGCGGCGUGCGCGGGGGCCGAGGGUCCAGGCAGAGCCAGGCAGCACGAGGCCGCGGCGCGUCUGCUCCUGGAGGCCGGGGCUGAUGCCCGGGCGGCCGGGCGCAAGCGCCACACGCCGUUGCACAACGCCUGUGCCAACGGCUGCGGGGGCCUGGCCGAGCUGCUGCUGCGCCACGGGGCCUGCGCUGGAGUCCCCAACGGGGCGGGCCACACACCCAUGGACUGCGCGCUGCAGUCCGUGCAGGACGGCCCCAACUGGGAGCCCGAGGUCCUCUUCGCGGCGCUGCUGGACUACGGGGCCCAGCCUGCGCGCCCUGAGAUGCUGAAACACUGUGCCAACUUUCCCCGGGCCCUGGAAGUCCUGCUUAAUGCCUAUCCUUGUGUCCCAUCCUGUGAUGGCUGGGUGGAGACGGUGCUUCCAGAGCUGUGGCAGGAGCACAACGCCUUCUACAGCUCGGCCCUGCGCAUGGUGAACCAGCCCAGGCGGCUACAGCACCUGGCCCGUGUGGCUGUGCGUGCUCAGCUGGGGAGUCGCUGCCGGCAGGCUGCUGCCCGGCUCCCGCUGCCCCCGCUCCUCAGGGACUACCUGUUGCUGCGUGUGGAGGGACAGCUUCAGUGAGCCCCAUGCCACGCUGCUCCCACAGCUCAUCCUGCCCCCUCCAUUGGACCCUGCCCCCAAUCCUAGAGAACUAGUCCCUGGCCCUCUUCUCCGCACUCUGCAUGCCUUCCUGGUCCAGCUCAUGCCUCCAUUGGCUUCUUGAGCCACUUGCUGACCUCCCGCCGGACCUGAGCUUCAGACCCUUUCUCUUUCUCUGGUGGGAAGGUCUGCAGGCUCAGCCUGUUCCCGGACUCAGCCUUUGCCCACCUCCUCCUGUGCUUAAAUGGAUGGCGCCUCUAUCCACCCAGGCCCCAAGCCAGGAACAGGUGAUCCUUGUCACCUCCCUUCCCUGCCACCCAUAUCCCUGUUCAGCCUCCUAAACAGUGACAGACUCUGCCUGCACUGCCUUGCCUGACCGGCCCUUGUCACUUAUGGGAAGGUCUUGAAACGCAUGCCCUGAAUGGAUGCUGGAAUGAUCCUUGAGAGUCACCACUCUGAUCAUUCCCCUCAUUGGAUUCUCUCUACCUUCAGGCUAAAAUCAAAACUCAAUAAAAACAAAGCCUCUAGAGCCUGGCCUCUGCCAAGCUCUCUGGCCUCCUCA